AUGGCGCGUUCAAACCGGGCUGGGGCGCGGGGCCCCGAGCGGGUUGAAGCUGCUUUAAAGCGCUCCUCCUGCCGCAGCCGCCGCGCCCGGAGAGCGGCAGCGAGAGAGCGGCAAAAUGGCGGCGGCACCUCCGGCCCGGGGGCGGGGGAGCGGGGCUGGCGGGAGGAAGUGCGUCAUCGCGGCGCGCGGGGGCGGCCGGAAGGGGCGGGGCGGGGCGCUGAGGGCGGGAGGCCGCGCCGGGGAGGCGCUUCCUCUCCCUGCUCCUUUUCCUCUCCCCGCUCCUUUUCCUCUCCUUUUUCCUGCCUUUUCCCUGUCCCUUCCUUCCUUUUCCGUGCCGUGGAGGCAGAGCUGGCUCCUCAGAGCCGCUCCUGCCCCACACGGGCAGGAUGGAGCCGCGAUGCCCGGCCCGCUCCUGAGGGUGGCCCCGGGAGCCGCUGCAGCCGCGCUCGUGGCACCCGCGAGAGGGACGGAGGGAACGGGGGGAGUCCGGUGACUUCCAGCGGCUCUUUGCCUGCGCUGGGGCAGCGCCAGCGGUGCCUCAGGGCCGUCCCUUCCACCUCACAAGAGCUCUCGCUAAUCGAGUGCUGGAGACAGUUUAAGGCCCUCAGAUCUGAGCUGCCCUGUUAAAUCUCUGUGUCAGUGCUGAAUCUCACCAGAGUGCAGAGGAUGCUGAAGAUUGUCCUCCCCACCGUGUCACCAGUGUCACCACGCUUGUUGGAGGCUGUGGGCUGUCUCCCCUCUGAGAUGGAUUUCAGACACAGGGUAUAAAGGAGGAACUAGUUACCAGCGUUGAAGAACCAUGCCUAAACCUAUCUUUUAUUUAAUGAACAAAUUCAAGUCUGUAAGGAAAAGCACUGCUGUAUGCACCAGAAAAGGGAGAACACUGUGAGAAAUGUUAAUACUGAACAGUAAUGAAGAAAAAUGCCACGGUUUAAAAUACAGUGCUAAAUGACCCUUACAACUAUGAUAAAUUUCAAACACAUAUCUACUCACAUUUUCAAAGGCUUCAGAAGAAUACUGUGGAUUAAAAACUGUUAAUGAUUGCUUUAUCCCUCUCUUUUGUACUUAAAAGCAGGAGCAGCUGUCACCAGCACUCACACAGAACCACUGAUAGCUGAAAGAAUUAACUGCUUAGAUGAAAUACAUUUAAAGUGUCUCUACAGCUUUUUAAAAUGCCUAUGUCUAUGUGCAUACAUUAAAUUGAGUAAACAGU